AUGCUGUCGUCGCUUCCAUCGUUCCCGUUGCUCCCGUCCCUCCCGUCCCUCCCGUCCCUCCCGUCCCUCCCUUCGCCCCCCUCGCUCUCUUUCAUUCGGUCCCUCCCGUCCCUCUCCGCCUCUCGCCUCUCCCCUUUCCCUACACUGUUCUACCCUCCGCGCAAUUCACCCCCUUCCCUCCGCGCAGUUCACCCCCUUCCCUUCGCGCAGUUCACCCCCUUCCCUCCGCGCAGUUCACCCCCUUCCCUCCGCGCAGUUCACCCCCUUCCCUCCGCGCAGUUCAACCCCUUCCCUCCGCGCAGUUCACCCCCUUCCCCCCGCGCAGUUUCCCCCCUUCCCUCCGCGCAGUUCCUCCCCUUCCCUCCGCGCAGUUCCCCCCUUCCCUCCGCGCAGUUCCAGCCCUUCCCUACGCGCAGCCCCUUCCCUAAGCGCAGUUUCCUCUCUUCCCUACGCGCAUUUCCCCCCCUUCCCUACGUGCAGUUUCCAACCUUCCCUACUCACCGUUUUCCCCUCGUGGCCUACUCCGACGCUGCUCUCAACUUCGCCGCCUCGAACGCAUCCGCCGCUCCUCCGUCAACCGCGGGAAAAGCGCGAUGCUCCAACGACGCAGAUAUCCGUUUCUCCGGUCCGGACAUCCACAGGCGCGUUCCGAAGCGGUCGGUGCUUCUCGCGUUGUUCCUGCUGUUCCUUGGGUGCACGUCGCUAGCCGUUUUCUACCUCAUGCAGACGGGGCAGGUCGAGGCUGGCGUGCAGCAGAAGUGGACGUGUCUCGCCAUCGCCUUCCUCACGCUCAUGCCCGCCUUCCUCACGCUCAUGCCCGGUGAACCUUCCUCACGCUCAUGCCCGGUGAACCUUCCUCACGCUCAUGCCCGUGAGCCUUCCUCACGCUCAUGCCCGGUGAGCCUUCCUCACGCUCAUGCCCGCAUUUCAUUGGGCUUUCACUCUGUCGACGCACUCUAA